AUGCUGUCCAGGCUUUUGUUUUUUAUGUGCGUGUAUAGCGUAAGAUGUGAGCCAGAAACUGUGAGGGAUAACUUCGACUAUUUCAGUUAUGGUAACGAAGAGAAUGUUUUGAAGAACUUGGAUUUACACACGCCCAAAGAUGAAAUAGUUCUCAGACCUCAAGAGGUCAAGGACUGGCCGCAACAGUCUCUGAAUGUGGGACAAAUUACGGCGGUCUCCAUUAAUUCUUUGGGACAGCCUGUUAUGUUUCAUAGGGCUGAAAGAAUCUGGGAUGAAAGUACAUUCAAUGAAUCAAAUGUUUACCAGAACCUGGAUAAAGGACCAAUUAUCGAAGAUACAAUUUUAGUACUUGAACCCCAAACAGGGUCUGUUCUACAUAGUUGGGGUGCUUACGCAUUUUACAUGCCCCAUGGAUUAACUGUAGAUCACCACGACAAUGUAUGGGUAACAGAUGUUGCUAAACAUCAAGUAUUCAAGUAUACGCCUAAUAACCACAAAUAUCCCAGCCUUACGAUUGGAGAAGCAUUCACAGCAGGCUAUCCAUACAGACGAAGGGUACUUCUAUGCAUGCCAACGUCCGUUGCCAUAGCGACCACUGGCGAAAUAUUUGUAGCCGAUGGAUACUGCAACAAUCAAAUACUAAAGUUCAAUGCCGCGGGAACUCUCCUCUUCGCUAUACCAGCCUUCUCAGACACGCUGACCUUAAAUUUGCCACACAGUGUUACUUUACUGGAGCACUUGGAUAUAGUGUGCGUGGCUGAUCGAGAGAAUAUGCGCAUUGUCUGCCCUCAAGCUGGGCUUAAGAGCUACGCCAAAAUGCUGGAGCCUGCAACGGUUAUAGAAGACCCGACCUUGGGUAGAGUGUUCGCUGUGACGUCACAUGGUGAUAUCAUCUAUGCGGUGAAUGGGCCGACUGCUCAAAACAUUGCGGUGCGAGGUUUUACUGUUAACGCCGUUAGCGGGCGAAUUUUGGAUUCUUGGGAACCGGGCACGGGCUUCACAAAUCCACAUUCCCUGGCGGUGACUCGGAACGGAUCGCAUCUGUAUGUAACCGAAAUCGGUCCUAACAAAAUAUGGAAGUUCGAGUUAACAGAUGUCUACGACAAGUAA